AUGACCUACCUGCCCUCUCAACACGAACGUCUCUGGUGUGGGAUCACAGCAUAUCUAUCUAAGAGGGAUUUUUUGGACCAUCUGACAUACGUCGAUCCCAUCGAGGGCGUUGUUCUUGUUGAUGAAGCAUACGUGAAAAAUCGUCGUGUAUUCGUUCACGUCUUGGCUGCGUUUCGUUAUGGACGGGAGGAUCUCGAUGUCUUGGGACUCUCAUUCCGGAAGGACCUGUUUUUAGCUUCUGCACAGCUGUAUCCGCCUCAACAACCAUUUUUAGACGAUCUUCCAGUUAACCCUAUUCCUGUUGUCGCCGUUGCCUCAUGCAAUUCCGAAACCAAAACUAAAGGCUCUUCGUCCCAUGGGGAAGAAGAUUCUGCUGAUCCUGAGAAUGCUCCCAUUGAUUCCAAACCCCUUACCCGCCUCCAAGAACGUCUUAUUAAAAAGUUAGGGCCUAGUGCCUAUCCUUUUUAUUUUGAACUUCCAUUCGCUACGCCGGCAUCGGUCACUCUGCAGCCUGGUCCAAGCGACAGUGGAAAGCCUUGUGGUGUGGAUUAUGAGCUGCGGGCUUACAUAGCUGAAGAAUGUGAUGAAAAACCUCAGUCACGGAGUUCAGUUCGGAUGGCCAUUCGGAAGUUGACCUACGCUCCGGAGGGAUCAGUUCCUCAGCCUUCAGCAGAAAUCGUCAAGGACUUUAUAAUGAGCCCCGGAACUCUGCGUCUCGAGGUCUCACUCGACAAAGAGAAAUACUACCAUGGCGAGUACAUAGCCGUUAACGUGCUGGUGGAUAACAACUCCAACAAAACCGUGAAAAAGAUCAAGGUGUCAGUGAUUCAGGUGGCAGACAUCAUGCUGUUCAGUCGUGCCGUCUACAAGUGCACAGUUGAUGAGGCGGAGUUUGAAGAGGGUUGUCCAAUCCUGCCGAGUCAGACAGGCUGGUGUAAGGUAUACCACAUGUGUCCCCUUCUCUCUAACAAUCGUGAAAAACGCGGCCUCGCUCUCGACGGGAAACUCAAGAAUGAAGACACAAAUUUGGCCUCUUCGACAAUCAUAAUCGACCCCACACAGAAGGAGAAUCUUGGUAUCAUUGUCCAAUACCGUGUUCGAGUGCGACUUGUUCUCGGAUUCGGAGCAAGCGACGUGUCGGUGGAGCUGCCUUUCACACUGGCACAUCCUAAGCCUCCUCCAGAGGAAAGUGAUGCCGAAUGCGGCAGCGCCUUUGUUCCCUCGUCUCCGCUCGCCGAACAUGGGGUGUUCAAGGGCGAAACGGAUCAGAGAGAUAAAGAGCGAACUAAGGGGGAGGCAAAUGUCAUCACCGGUGCUGCAACAGGUGACUUCAUCGACCUUGAGGAUUCUCUCUCUAUUAAACGUGUAGUGAAUUUGCCCAAUGACGAUUUGAUCUUCGAGGACUUCGCUCGUCUCCGGCUGCGCGGACAGGAUUCUACAGCAGGUGUAGGUGAGGAGGCGAUGCCAUCCUCGAGCCCCACCCCCGUCAUUGAAGACACCCACCAAUCUACUGUCGUCGUGUCCACCGUUUCUGGUGCCCCCGCCGUUUCCACUGCCUCCCACUGA